AUGGCUUCCCGUGUCCUUGUCUCUGGUCUUCCCCAGUCUCUCCCUCCUCUCCCCUCCGGGCCAGGACCUCCCUGUGUCCCCUGUGUCGAGGGUCGCCUCCGGGCUACUCCUCACUCCUCCCACUUCCCCCCGACAGAGGCUCCCCUGCAGACGCUUCACAUGGAUGUGUGGGGCUGGGCCCCCGUCCGUGGGCAGGAUUACGAGCGCUACUUCCUGUUGGUGGUUGACGACUACUCGCGUUACACCACAGUCCUCCCCUUGCGCAGCAAGGGUGAGGUCACUGAGGUGCUGAUCGACUGGAUCCGCGAGGCUCGUCUCCAGCUCAGGAAGAGCUUCGGCUCGGACUUUCCUGUUCUGCGUCUGCACUCGGACAGAGGCGGAGAGUUCUCCUCUGGCCUUCUGCGUGCCUACUGUCGUGCGCGAGGCAUCCGCCAGUCCUUCACGCUUCCGGACUCACCACAGCAAAAUGGGAUUGCUGAGCGCCGCAUUGGCAUGGUCAUGGAUGUCGCUCGUACGUCCAUGAUGCAUGCGGCUGCCCCCCAUUUUCUGUGGCCGUUUGCGGUGAGGUACGCGGCGCAUCAGCUCAACCUUCACCCCCGGGUCUCUCGGCCUGCGAUGUCCCCAGCCUUGCUGUGGACAGGGAAGGUUGGCGAUGCGUCUGUGUUCCGUGUCUGGGGAUCUCGGGCGUUUGUCCGCGACUUGUCUGCGGACAAGCUGUCCCCUCGUGCUGCUCCCUGUGUCUUCCUUGGCUUCCCCACUGACGCCCCAGGGUGGCAGUUUUACCACCCCUCCUCUCGUCGUGUUCUGUCCUCCCAGGACGUCACGUUCGACGAGUCAGUCCCCUUCUACCGUCUCUUCCCCUACCGCACUCCUUCCCUCCCCCCUCCCCCGGACUUCCUUGUACCGGUUCCCCCCCCGGUAGACCCCCUUCCCCCUCAGGUUCCUGCCCCCUCAGGUGUGUCCCAGGUAGACGCCGUUGACCCGGUCGAGGUUACAGGUGACUCUGGUGCUGCUGCGGGUGCUGAGCCUUGGGGUGCUGACUCUAGGGGUGCUGUGCGCGGGGGUGCUGAGCCUGGGGGUGCUGACUCUAGGGGUGCUGUGCGCGGGGGUGCUGAGCCUGGGGGUGCUGACUCUGGGGGUGCUGUGCGCGGGGGUGCUGAGCCUGGGGGUGCUGACUCUGGGGGUGCUGUGCGCGGGGGUGCUGAGCCUGGGGGUGCUACUGCUGGGGGUACUGGGCCUGCGGGUGCUACUGCGGAGAGUGGGGAGCCUGGGGGUGCUGCGUCUGGAGCUGCUGAGCCUGGGGUUUCUCCUGCUGCUGCGUCUCGCCGGGAGCCCCUCUCUCCACAGGAGCUGCGCGAGUGGUUCGCUCGCCGCUGGAGGCGUGCUGCUGAGUCUGGAGGUGCUGCUGGAGCUGGAGCUGGAGCUUCUUCGACCGUCGAGGGUGCGGGUGCUGCCGGUCCCGGAGCUACUGGACCUGCGGGUCCUCCUGGAGCUGGAGCUGCUGAGGGCGUUGGUGCUGAGCCUGCUGCUGUUGGUCCUGCCGCUGGAGGUGUGGGUGGCGCUGGUGCUGUCUCUGAGGGCGCUGGUGCUGUCCCUGCUGCGUCUGGAGCUGCUGAGCCUGGGGUUUCUCCUGCUGCUGCGUCUCGCCGGGAGCCCCUCUCUCCACAGGAGCUGCGCGAGUGGUACGCUCGCCGCUGGAGGCGUGCUGCUGAGUCUGGAGGUGCUGCUGGAGCUGGUGCUGGAGCUUCUUCGACCGUCGAGGGUGCGGGUGCUGCCGGUCCCGGAGCUGCUGGACCUGCGGGUCCUCCUGGAGCUGGAGGUACUCAGGGCGUUGGUGCUGAGCCUACUGCUGUUGGUCCUGCCGCUGGAGGUGUGGGUGGCGCUGGUGCUGUCGCUGAGGGUGCUGGUGCUGUCCCUGCUGAGUCUGGAGCUGCCGCGCGGCCUCGGCCGUACUUCGUUCCGCUCCUACAGCAGGUUCUUGGUCUUUCUCCUUCGGUAGAGUGUCCACAGCCUGUCCAGUCGCAGUCACUGUUGGAGCCUUCCUCUCCUCUGCCUGCUCCCUCUCCUUACACUGGUCCUACUGGAGGUCUUGCUAAGCGUCGUGAGCCUGCGUCUCGUCCCGCGUCGCCUGUUCGUGCUGCUCGCGCUAGUGGUCGCGGUUCGCGUCAGCGUCCUCCUCCUGUCCCUGGCACGCACCGGAUGUCUCUGCGUCCGUCCACUGCUCCUCUGCGUGCCCCUUUGCCUUCGCCUCCUGAGUCCUCUCUUCCUGCGCUUGCCGACCCUGAGUCGGACUCUCUUCGCGCUGCCAGUCCUACUGUCACGCGUCUGCUUGCUACUGUCGUCACUGACCCCUCUUUUGAGUCCACUGCUGCGUCUGCUCUAGUCGCUGAGCUCGUUGACUUUGCUGCUCGCUGUCGUCUCGACUACGCUGCUGGUCUUGUUGCUGAAGGACAGACAGGAGGAGUUACAGUGUCUAGCGGCUGCUUCACCUCAUCUCGCGUCUGUACUGCUUGCCCCUGA